ACACGCUCAGUAUAAUGAACACACGAUAAUAAGAUUUUUUGCAAUCGACAAAUGCUGUCGUUAGAAUUUUCUUUGGCUCAUUUUGUUGGAUUACCUGUUUUUUUCAUCAAAAUUUCUUUUUACGAUUUAGGUGAAAGCUAAUUAAAGCCCACAAAAAAAAACUUAGUCAAAUAGCAUUUCUGAAAUAUAGACUAACACACACACACAUACACGACGGACUUUGGAAAACCAAAGAACCCAAGACGAAAAAAAACACGUUACGAUCUCGACAUUUGUAAGAUCGAUUACAGAUUUGCAAAGCGAUAGCACAGUGUGAUUGAACAGAUUUUGGUUUUGAAGUGCAAACAAAGUUCAAAAAAUGGAUCCAAUGCAAAUGCGAAGCAACGAGGAAUCGGUGAAGCCUCAAUUGCCGCAACAAUAUUCGUCGGUAGCCGGAUUAAAUCAAGCGAAUCGAGAUCAAGUCGCACCGAUCAAUCAAAUCACAAGACGACCUUCGGUUGUUUUAACAGAGUUGCCAAUCGGCCAUCAGUCUAUUCAGCGCACAGACAGUCGAAUCGGUAUCGCUCCACAAGCUCCUUUACAAUCGAGUCAACAGCAGAUUCCGAUUCAGAGACCCAUUCAGCAGCAACAGCAGCAGCAGCAGCCGAGCGCUCAACCUCAAUUUCAACCAAGGCAAAUUUUGCAACAGCCACCACCGCAACAACAACAACAGCAGCAGCAACAGCAACAGCAGCAAUUUCAAGCUCAUCGGCCAUUGAUAAACCGUGGUCCACCUCCGGUGCAACAGCAACAAGCUCCAACUGGGCAACAACAAUAUCAACCAAUUAACAGGGCUCCGGUGCCACAACAAGCACAAAUACCACAACAGCGCCCACCGCAAUUGAUUCGGGCGCAAAUUCCAGCUCAAGUGCAAAACCUAAGUUCGAACCAACCGGUGAAUCUAGGUAGCUAUCAGCCUGUGCAAAAUCGACCAACGCAACCGGCACCACAGCAGCAAUACUCGCAAAAUCUAUCGUCUGACGGUCCAGUUCGUUUGAACCAACCGAAUCAGCAAUAUCGACCACAGAUCCAAACGCAACCAAGACCCAUCAAUCCAGCUUACAAUCUAAAUUUACAAAAGCUACCGACUCAUUUGGAGGAACGCACCAAAAUGGCUACGGAAACGGCUAAUCCAAGCCAACCGAGCUACUUAAUUUCCAAUUCCGAUGACGUUGAUGAUGUCAUCGUUCGGCCUAUUGGCAACAUGAAAAUCGAUCAACAAGGCGGCAAACCCGAUUAUGAUCUCAAACAAAAUCAGCCAUUGGUGAGAUCAAUUCCGGAUACGCAAAAUCCACGAAAUGCAUCAAGUGUCUUACAGAAUUCGCAUACUGAGUCAAAUGCACCAAGAGCAACAGGUUUGCCACAACCAACUAAACCGGCUGUCGCCAAGAGAUCGCCGACCGAAGAUCAAAAGCAAAACGGAACCAACGGCAAAGCGGAUGAAUCAAGUGUUCGAGCAGCUAGUCGAGCAUCUUCGCAUAAAAGCCAGGAGGACAUCACCCGAAGCUCAUCACGAUCCCGAAUGAAGUUACUGGAGAAACCUGCUGAACCACCGAAGAAAGUACCGAUGAAUAAGAUCAGAGUUGGCAACGCACCACCACCGAAAUUACGGGAAGUAAAAUCGAAGAUUGGAUCUCUUCAAAAUACAACACAUAAACCAGGAGGCGGUAACGUAAAAAUAGAAUCGAAAAAAUUAGAAUUCAAUGUUCAAUCUCGCAUUGCAGCUAAGAAUGAUGCUUAUGCACCGAAAGGAGGUGAUAAAAAGAUUAUAAGUACUAAAUUGCAAUGGAACGCUAAAUCUAAAAUUGGUUCUCUUGAAAAUAAAGAUCACAAACCGGGCGGUGGUGACAAAAAGAUAAUGAACUUUAAGACCGACUAUGGAAAUGCAAAGCCAAAGGUUGGUUCUAAAGAAAGCGAUAUUAAUGCUGAAAAGCAAUCAUCCGAAGCAAGCGCAAAUGAGUAGAGUGUGUUUAACAGCACUGUUGUAAUUGCGUUUGGAAACGGAACGUUUUAUUCUUUCUUUUUUUUACGUAAAAAUUGAUUUUUGAACAAAAAAAAACAAGAACAGCAACAACAACAAACAAACAAAAAAAAAAGACAAAAGAUUUAGAAAAAAAAAAUCAUUAUUGAAAAUGAAACAAAACAACAAACAAAACCUACAAAAAAAAUUAACUUAAAAAACCUUCACGUACAUACUUGAUUAUUAGAUAAGGUAGUAAAUAUAGUGCGCGCGUAGAUUUUCUAUGCACUCAACCAUAAUUUUUUUUUUGAGUUUUAAUUUUUGAGAUAUGAUCGUUUUUACUUUGAGUUAUAUUAUUAUUAUAUCUUUAUUCUCUUUUUUUUUGCUAUGUAAUGGCAUAUUUGCUCUUUUUACACAUAUAUUGCGUCUCAUUAUUACGCAUUUCAUGGAAUGAUAUAUAAUAUCCAAUCCAAGUAAUGAUAAUAUUCUAAUAUUAUUGAAAUCAAGUAAAACAAAUCGUAAAUGGCAACCGUAUUAAUUGUGUACUAAUUUUAUUAUGAAGAAAAAUCAACAACUACAAACAAAAAACAUCCAAUCAAAUGAAUAUUUAAUAAAAACUGAUGUCAAUAAAAACAACAACAAUUCAUGCACUUUUUCAAGUCAUUGUUCUAGCCAGUUUCUAUUUCAUUAUAAAUGAAAAUGCAGAUAACAAAA